AUGCGCAUUUGCGCUCCGGGGAUGUCUCUUCCUUCAUCUUCUUCAUCUUUUCAUCAUCUAUUAGUGUUACCGGCCGUGAUAGUCGCUCACAGACCCCUUAGGCAUGUCAAACCUGGCGUCAUCACCCACUACAAGUAUCAUGGGCCCGACAGGCGGCUGGAUCCGUCCAAUUUGCCAUCAGUGGUAAUAUCGACAUACGGAACAGUGAGCACAGAGACCACACGCGCCAAGAGUAUUUUCAGACAGAUACACUGGUAUCGGAUAGUUCUGGACGAAGCACACAUCAUACGUAACUCGUCCACCAAGCAGUUCCGGGCCAUGAACAGCCUAUCAUCCCAUAUUCGAUGGUGCAUGACCGGCGCCCCGGUGCAGAAUGGCGUUGGCGAUAUCGGCUCACUAGUUCGGUUUCUUCGUGUCCCAGUAAUGGGAGACGUCGCCAACUUCCGGAAGCACAUCCUAGGCAAGACCAAACUCACCUCUCUCGAGUCAUCAAGCCAUGACUUUGACAACCUGCGCCUUCUCCUAUCCUCUAUCUGCCUGAGACGAAACACCUCUGUCCUACAACUGCCAGGGGUCAAAUACGAAUGCCGACGGCCGCACUUCAGUGCGGUGGAAAAGGAGGCACAUACCAAGCUCAUUCUCGCUUGCCAGAAAGCCAUUGAUCGGUCUGAUCUCGGCAACCCAAACAAAGUUGUUGCGUUUCAGAAAGGACUUGGUUUGGAGUCUUCAAACGGAGUACUUGAAUCACUUCUCCGGCUCCGUCUUUUCUGCGAUCGAGGGCUAGCUUUGGGACCGUCCAAGGGGGGACUCCCCUCGACACUCGAUGAGGCUCUCAGCCUUGUGCAGCAGAAGGGCAUCUCGAGAUGCGGGGACUGCGGUAACGACAAAAUGGCCGCCGGGAUGGAAGGUACCCAUCUGACCAAUUGCCACGCGUUGGUAUGUUCUGAAUGCCCCAUCAAAUUUCACGAUGAGCUGCUUGAGAGUCGCUCGUCCAGUGGCGUAGGUGGGAACCUGUCCAUUCUGUGGAGAAUAUGA